CCCGACCUCUCACUACCUACCUACCACCACGCCAUCUAUCUGUUCGUCCACCAACAAGGCAAAACUGCCAGCACGCGAAUUGCGCAUCAAUUGCUACUGUCGUUUCUCUCUCUUCCCGCGUGGUUCACCCUAGUCCCCGCGUUUCAAGCUCAUCGCGUCGCGUAGCUAGCUAGCUAGCUGGGCUGCUUGUGAGGCUUCGAUAUACUUGCAUAGCUUUACGCGCUUUCUUUAGCACCGCUAUCGCUAAUACUACGUACGACUACGACUACGACUACCGCGCAAUCAUUAUGGCGGACACGGGAAACCAGACGCCUGUGGCGGAGACGCCGGUCGAUGAUGUGGAGAUGGGGGACGGGGCGGGCGAUGCGACGGCGGGCGCGGCUGAGGAGGAGACUGGGUUGCCGGAGAUUGAGCCCGAGGCGCCGAAGCUGGUGUUGUUUGCUGACUUGAUGAAGAGCCCGAUCGUUGAGGUGCUUGUUGGCAGUGGAGAGAGCAAGACCACCUACUCCGCGCACGAGGCUGUUCUUGUCAAAUCGCCCGAGUUUGCCAAGCAGGUUGAGCAAUUCGCACCUGGAGGAGCUCGCCAGAUUAUCUUUACUGACUGCGAUGUCGACGCCAUGGGCUCCGUCAUCGAGUACCUCUACACCAGCGAGUACUUCCCCAAGAAGACCUCCGCUGCGCGCGACGCACCCCUGGAGAAGGACCCGCGCCAGCCCACCACCGACGACAACGGCCUCGGUCUCCUCGUCCACGCCCGCGUCUACACACUGGCCGAGCGCCUGCAGCUCCCCGAGCUGAAAUCGCUCGCGCACUCCAAGAUCCACCGCACAGCCUCGACGGCAAAGGGCGAGCUCGCCUACGCACGCUACGUCUACAAGGAAUCCAACCCCGAGGACGCGACCAUCCGCAAGCCCGUCGCGGCUUUCUGGGCUACGCGCUCCUACUCGCUGCGCCACGACGCCGAGCCAGAGUUCCGCUCCAUGUGUCUCGAGUUCCCCCGCUUCGCAUACGACGUGCUGCAGUUGGUGCUUGAUCAGCAGGAGAAGAGCCGGCGCGGCGGCGACGAGCAUCCGACUCGGAGCGGGCCUUCGGUUGUCCCUGGGAGUACUAGGAAGAGGGCUAGGGUGAGUCAAGUCUAGGUGGUUGAGAGGAAGAAAAGAAUUUCUGCAUUCAUAUGCUUGGUCUUGCUCUUUGCUUUGCUUUGCCUUGCGCUUGGUUUUCUUUCCUUUCUUAUGCCUCAUUUGGAGGGCUACGUUCUGAUAGUAUCUUUGUAGCCACACUCGCAGGUUGAGGUCCGCGUCCAGCGAGCGGAUAGCCAGGAUUUGUAACAUAAUCCGGCGUGCUCGACAAGAGGCGGUACUCGGCGCUGCACGGAUGUCUUUCCUAGGGCUGUCCUUGCGAUUCGGUUUCUCUGCUUUGGCUAUCUACGACAAGGUUACAGCGGUGUCGCCUGUCUAUCUUGGUGCUUGGGUGAAUAUUUGUCCAGAUGUAACAUUAUAUCAUGUGCAGUAGCUACUGUUGAGAGGCUUCUCGUUAUCCUUUACUGUAGGUUGGGGCUGGGGUAUGUGCAAAGUGAAUCC